AUGUCAGACUCUACCCGUGGCUCUCGGAAGAGCUCUAUAUCGACGAUAACAGAAGAGCCGGACGAGAAUACAGCACUCCUCGAGCGGAAGCGAAGUACAGUCUCGGUACUAUGGACCAAAUCAGCCGUCUACAGAGUUCUCUUUACCGGAUUCCUGGUCUCUCUAUCCUUCGGCAUCACCCAGGUUCCGUUAAUUUACGUCUUUGGCGUGAUGACCUGCGACGAAUACUACAAGCACCAUCCCAUUCCGCCGCCAGGCUUGGGGUACGCUAGCCGAUGUCAGGUCCACGCAAUCCAGGCGUCGACUGCUCGGAGCGUGGCCUUGCUGGGAAGCAGCACAACCUUUUUCGGCGUCAUCAAUCUCUUCUUCACAGGCUGGACUAUGAAAGCUUUUGGGGUCAAGAGAGCUCUCCUGAUCACCGUGGCGUUACCAGCAGCUCGGCUCUGCGUGCAGAGUAUUGGUGUAGAGGCUGGUGCUGCGACAGGCAUCAUGAUCAUACAACUUUCGCAGAUCAUCACUGUCUUUGGCGGGCCUGUAGGCUAUCUGCUGGCCUUGAACAGCCUGGCCACGGAGGUCGUCGAGCCAGCAGAACGCACGGCGACUCUCGGACGAUUGCAAGGCUGCGCUAUGUUCGGUUCCGCCUUGGGCUUCUUAGCUGGUGGACUGAUUGGCGAUGCUUUUGGACAAAUAUGGCCAUUCCGCAUUGCAGGAAUGAUGUUCGUUAUCAGCUGCCUCUACGUCCAGUUAUGCUUACCUACCAUUCACAACAAAACAGUUGAGACGAAGGCUGCAAAGUCGUUAUUAAGCUUCUUCGACCCGAUCAAGAUGUUUGCUCCACAGAAAUGGAUCUUGGCUAAUGGCACGAUCAAGCGCGAGUAUGGAAUAUUACUUCUGGGCAUGGGUACUUUCCUGGGAGUGCUAGCGACGAGCUAUAUUCCCACCCUACUGCAGAUGUACUCUACGGAUGUCUUUGACUUCGGUACAACGAAAAAUGGUUGGUUGAUCUUCAUCAAUUCCACCAUACGGGGCCUCUUCCUGACGCUGGCUUUCCCACAUAUCAUAUCGACCGGACGAAGAUGGCUUGAUAAGCGAGAUAAGGCGAAGAGAGAUGCCAAAACCUUGAAGGAAGCAGAAAUCGAUGACUUCCUGACAGAACCACAACAGAUAGCCGCAUCCGAUCGACCAAUGGAAGCUGGUGUUGAGCCCUCCCAGCCAGCAAAAUCAGACGAGGCUCAUGGAUCAGAAGCCCCUAUGACCUACAACUUCGACCUCCUCUAUUGCAAGUACUCCCUAAUCCUGGACGGGAUCCUCACUGGCCUGGCAACCUUCACAACUACCGGCUGGCAAAUGUACGUUGUCGCCGUCAUCAUCCCUCUAGCAGCCGGCACAGGCUCCGCCUCCAAAGGCACGAUCUUGCAAAUGUGUACGGCAGAGCAGAGGACAGAUGCGCUGAGUGCGAUUUCUUUGGUCGAGCUUCUGGCUAGGUUGAGCAGUACGAGUUUGUUUGGGUUGGUGCUCUCGGCUUUUGCUACGAUUGGGAGGCCAAAUUUGACCUUUACAGUCAAUGCGGCUGUGGCGGUGGCUGUCUUGGCCGACCUCAAUCUCCUACACAACAUCUACGAGUACCUCGAGGACGACGUUCAGUGUAUCACAUCAGCUCGCCUCGUCAAUUCUGCCUUCGAAGACGCUAUCUCGCCGUUCCUCUUCCGCACACUCAAGCUCGCGCUGCGCAACGCAUCGCUUGCACGACUUGAGUAUGUGGCGGCCACUGCAAAAUUUGCCAAGGGAGUCCGGAUUCUUGUGUAUGAGACCAUACACUACGGCACAUCCGGCCAGAACAGCGGCGACCCAGCCAAGGGGUACACUAUCAAACAAAUUAAAAGAGGAGUCAGAGACUACGUUCUCCGUUGUCACGCGAAUGAGUCAGCGCUGUCUGUUGGCGACAUCGUGCAAAUCUUACUUCUUCAGCAUGCAACCUUGCAGUAUGGGGAGCAGGAGUUAAUGAGUUACAUUGACAUUCUUCUCGAUCGUCUCGAACAGGCCUUCACCAAGCUCACAGGCCUGCGAGAUGUCGUGUUCACACCGCUUGCGGCUGCGCAUGAUACUGGCAAUAACGUCCUCGUCACAACUAAGAAUUUGCAAAGGUUGCCACCUCUACCAGUCCUUGCAUUCCAUGACUCGAUUGAAUGCUCACAAGAACAAUCGCGUCGCUUCACACACCUUCUACUCGCUCUAGCAUCGAGUGGCCGUCAUAUACGAAGCUUCAGGAUGACCUCGACAUCCAAAACUGAUCUCCCGCCAACAGUCGCGCGACAUUACACCGUUCCGGGACUUUCUCUCGACUUCGCGCAGCUUGUACGCGACUCAGACGUCAUCACCUCGAGCUCGGAGGUACUAAGUAGAGUGAAGGAGCUGGAAAUCGACAUGUCUUCCAUUGACCAUCCGAAUAGCAGCGUGCCACAAACUCACAGCCUGGACUCGAACUGCGCUGCACUGGCUCCCUUCCUCAAUAUCUUUGAGUCCCUGGAGGUCCUCAAUCUUCGGCUAUGCGGACAGUACCGUUUCGGAAAUAUGACAUCGCGCAUCGCGCCAACUCUGCAGCAAACCUUUGCUGCCAAGAUCUACACGCGUCUACGCAGAGUCAUCAUACGGGAAAUGUGGUUGAUGCCCGAGGACCUAGUCGAGUUCCUGCACAGACAUCAGCAGACGUUGCAGAAGAUCGAGCUGAUCGGUAUCAAUCUUGGCGGAUGCAAGCCUCACGCCGGACGACGACUUUUUCCUGUUGGGCACAUGCUAUCGACGAUGAACAAACGAAAGUUCCUGAAGUGGGAGCAAGUGGCGGAGGCUUGCAAAUUUAUGCCAAAACUACGUGAUCUGAGGAUCGAAGGUAUCAGUGUGGGUAAGGAAUGGUGCUCUCCCGGCGUUUCAUGA